GUGGCGGCGACCGUCAGUUUUCGCUGAGGAGAAACACGAAAGGGACCCGUUGGCUCUCCCCCCCUCCCUUUCCCCGCCCUGAACCCCCCUCCUGGCUCGCCGGGAAUUAGUCCCCGUGGAGUUUCUCCUCCGCCUUGCCGCCGUGUCCUUGGUCCUCGGUCUGGUGGAAGUCACUGCCCUCGAGGAGGAGGCAGCGGCAGCCGCCCUCGCCUCGCCGCCCCCGGUUCGGUGCCCGCGGUCCCGGAGAGGAGGUGCCGCCGCCACCGCCGCUCCCCCCCUCCCGCUGCCCUCGGGCCGGGCUGGGUCGAGCUGCGAUGCCCUCGGACUUCAUCUCAUUGCUCAGCGCGGACCUAGACCUGGAGUCGCCCAAGUCCCUGUACUCGCGAGAUUCUCUGAAGUUACACCCAUCACAGAAUUUUCAUAGAGCUGGACUAUUGGAAGAAUCUGUCUAUGAUCUUCUUCCAAAGGAGUUACAGUUACCUCCAUCUAGAGAAACAUCUGUAGCAUCAAUGAGUCAGACAAGCGGUGGUGAGGCAGGCUCGCCUCCUCCAGCUGUAGUUGCUGCUGAUGCUUCUUCAGCUCCCUCCUCUUCCUCCAUGGGCGGUGCUUGCAGCUCCUUUACCACCUCUUCCAGCCCUACCAUUUAUUCUACCUCAGUCACCGACAGCAAGGCUAUGCAAGUGGAGAGCUGCUCCUCAGCCUUGGGGGUAAGUAACAGAGGGGUAAGUGAAAAGCAGUUAACCAGUAACACAGUUCAGCAGCAUCCAUCAACACCGAAGAGGCACACAGUCUUGUACAUCUCACCACCACCUGAGGACUUGCUGGAUAACAGUCGGAUGUCCUGCCAGGAUGAGGGGUGUGGAUUGGAAUCUGAGCAGAGCUGCAGUAUGUGGAUGGAGGAUUCCCCCUCCAACUUCAGUAACAUGAGCACCAGUUCCUACAAUGAUAACACUGAGGUACCUCGUAAAUCACGAAAACGAAAUCCAAAGCAGAGGCCGGGGGUCAAACGACGAGAUUGUGAAGAAUCUAAUAUGGAUAUAUUUGAUGCCGACAGUGCCAAAGCACCUCACUAUGUGCUUUCUCAGCUUACCACGGACAACAAAGGCAACUCAAAAGCAGGAAAUGGAACAUUGGAAAACCAAAAAGGAACUGGAGUAAAGAAGAGCCCUAUGUUGUGUGGACAGUAUCCUGUUAAAAGUGAGGGAAAGGAGCUGAAGAUAGUAGUACAACCUGAGACCCAGCACCGAGCUCGGUACCUGACUGAGGGUAGCCGUGGCUCAGUAAAGGAUAGAACACAGCAAGGCUUUCCUACAGUAAAGCUGGAAGGCCAUAAUGAGCCAGUAGUGUUGCAGGUGUUUGUGGGCAAUGACUCUGGUCGAGUGAAACCACAUGGAUUUUAUCAGGCCUGCAGGGUAACUGGACGAAAUACAACUCCCUGCAAAGAAGUGGACAUUGAAGGCACUACCGUUAUAGAAGUUGGCCUUGAUCCGAGCAACAACAUGACACUAGCGGUGGACUGCGUAGGGAUAUUGAAAUUGAGAAAUGCUGAUGUGGAAGCCAGAAUAGGAAUUGCUGGUUCCAAGAAAAAAAGCACUCGUGCCAGAUUGGUUUUUCGAGUUAAUAUCACAAGGAAAGAUGGCUCCACUUUGACACUGCAAACACCCUCUUCUCCAAUUUUAUGUACUCAGCCAGCAGGAGUGCCAGAAAUCUUAAAGAAAAGCUUGCAUAGCUGUUCAGUGAAAGGAGAGGAAGAAGUAUUUUUAAUCGGCAAGAACUUUCUGAAAGGAACUAAAGUUAUUUUCCAAGAGAAUGUUUCUGAUGAAAACUCUUGGAAGUCAGAAGCUGAAAUCGACAUGGAAUUAUUUCAUCAGAAUCAUCUUAUUGUGAAGGUUCCCCCGUAUCAUGACCAACAUAUAACUUUGCCAGUAUCAGUGGGAAUAUAUGUAGUGACCAAUGCUGGAAGAUCUCAUGAUGUUCAGCCUUUCACUUACACUCCAGACCCAGCUAGUGCUUUGAAUGUAAAUGUGAAGAAGGAAAUAUCUAGUCCGGCGAGACCUUGCUCUUUUGAAGAGGCUAUGAAAGUGAUGAAAACUACUGGAUGUAACUUAGAUAAGGUAAAUAUUCUUCCUAAUGCUCUGAUCACUCCACUCAUAUCAAGCAGUAUGAUUAAGAGUGAAGAUGUUACUCCAAUGGAAGUAACAGCAGAAAAAAGAUCUUCUCCUAUUUUUAAGACUACAAAGACAGUUGGAUCAACUCAACAAACAUUAGAAAAUAUCUCUAACAUAGCAGGAAAUGGGUCUUUUUCAUCAUCAUCAUCUUCCCAUUUACCUUCUGAAAAUGAAACGCAACAGCAGAUUCAGCCCAAGGCAUACAACCCAGAGACCCUGACAACUAUCCAAACACAGGACAUUUCACAGCCUGGUACCUUUCCAGCAGUUUCUGCUUCUAGUCAGCUGCCCAACAGUGAUGCACUACUGCAGCAGGCUACACAGUUUCAGACAAGAGAAGCUCAAUCUAGAGAGGUAUUACAGUCAGAUGGUACAGUGGUUAAUUUGUCACACCUGACUGAGGCAUCACAGCAACAGCAGCAGUCACCACUACAAGAACAAGCGCAGACUUUACAGCAGCAGAUCUCAUCAAAUAUUUUUCCAUCACCAAAUGGUGUGAGUCAGCUGCAGAGUACAAUUCAGCAGUUGCAAGCAGGAAGUUUUACAGGCAGUACUGCUAGUGGCAGCAGUGGAAAUGUUGAUUUGGUCCAACAAGUUUUAGAGGCACAACAACAGUUAUCUUCAGUUUUGUUUUCUGCUCCAGAUGGUAAUGAGAAUGUUCAAGAACGGCUUAGUGCAGACAUUUUUCAACAAGUCAGUCAAAUUCAAAAUAGCGUAAGCCCUGGAAUGUUUUCCUCAACAGAACCAGCAGUCCAUACCAGACCAGAUAAUUUAAUAGCUGGAAGAGCUGAAAGUGUUCACCCACAGACUGAAAACACGUUAUCUAAUCAACAACAGCAGCAGCAGCAACAGCAAGUGAUGGAAUCAUCAGCUGCAAUGGUGAUGGAGAUGCAACAGAGUAUCUGUCAGGCAGCUGCCCAGAUUCAGUCAGAGUUAUUUCCUUCAACUGCUUCAGCAAAUGGAAACCUUCAGCAAUCUCCAGUUUACCAGCAGACUUCUCAUAUGAUGAGUGCAUUAUCUACCAAUGAGGACAUGCAAAUGCAAUGUGAAUUGUUUUCUUCUCCUCCUGCAGUUUCUGGAAAUGAAACUACUACAACCACCACACAGCAGGUUGCAAACCCUGGCACUACCAUGUUUCAGACAUCAGGUUCAGGAGAUGGAGAAGAAACUGGAGCACAAGCAAAACAGAUUCAGAACAGUGUCUUUCAGACCAUGGUCCAAAUGCAACAUAGUGGAGACAAUCAACCUCAAGUUAACCUUUUUUCAUCUACAAAGAGUAUGAUGAGUGUUCAGAAUAGUGGUAGCCAGCAACAAGGUAAUGGUUUAUUCCAGCAAAGUAAUGAGAUGAUGUCACUCCAAUCUGGGAAUUUUUUGCAGCAGUCUUCUCAUUCACAGACUCAGCUUUUUCAUCCUCAAAAUCCUAUUGCUGAUGCUCAGAACCUUUCCCAGGAAACUCAAGGUUCUAUUUUUCAUAAUCCAAGUCCUAUUGUUCAUAGUCAGACUUCUACAACUUCCUCUGAACAAAUGCAGCCUCCAAUGUUUCACUCUCAAAGUACCAUGGCUGUGCUACAGGGCUCUACUGUUCCUCAAGACCAGCAGUCAGCCAACAUAUUUCUUUCUCAGAGUCCAAUGAAUAAUCUUCAAACUAACACAGUAGCCCAAGAAGAACAGAUUUCAUUUUUUGCGGCUCAGAACUCAAUUUCUCCACUUCAGUCAACGUCAAACACUGAACAGCAAGCUGCAUUCCAACAGCAGUCUCCAAUAUCACACAUCCAGACCCCUAUGCUUUCCCAAGAACAGGCACAACCCUCCCAGCAAGGUCUUUUUCAGCCUCAGGUGUCCCUGGGCUCGCUUCCUCCUAAUCCAAUGCCUCAAAACCAACAAGGAACAAUAUUCCAGUCACAGCACUCAAUAGUUGCCAUCCAGAGUAACUCUCCAUCCCAGGAGCAGCAGCAACAGCAGCAGCAACAGCAGCAGCAACAACAGCAGCAACAGCAGAGCAUUUUAUUCAGUAAUCAGAAUACCAUGGCUACAAUGGCAUCUCAAAAGCAACCACCACCAAAUAUGAUAUUCAAUCCAAGUCAAAAUCCAAUGGCUAAUCAGGAGCAACAGAACCAGUCAAUUUUUCACCAACAAAAUAAUAUGGCCCCAAUGAAUCAAGAGCAGCAGCCCAUGCAAUUUCAGAACCAACCCACAGUUUCUUCACUUCAGAACCCAGGUCCUACCCAAUCUGAAUCAUCACAGACCUCCUUAUUCCAUAGCUCUCCUCAGAUUCAGUUGGUUCAAGGGUCACCCAGUUCUCAAGAGCAGCAAGUAACGCUCUUCCUCUCUCCAGCAUCCAUGUCUGCAUUGCAGACCAGUAUAAACCAACAAGACAUGCAACAGUCUCCUCUUUAUUCCCCUCAGAACAAUAUGCCUGGAAUCCAAGGAGCCACAUCUUCCCCUCAACCACAGGCUACUUUAUUUCACAACACUACAGGAGGCACAAUGAACCAAUUACAGAGUUCUCCUGGCUCAUCUCAACAGACUUCAGGAAUGUUCUUAUUUGGCAUUCAAAAUAACUGUAGUCAGCUUUUAACUUCUGGACCAGCUACAUUGCCAGAUCAGUUGAUGGCCAUAAGUCAGCCAGGCCAACCACAAAAUGAGGGCCAGCCACCUGUGACAACACUUCUUUCUCAGCAAAUGCCAGAGAAUUCUCCACUGGCAUCCUCUAUAAACACCAACCAGAACAUUGAAAAGAUGGAUUUGCUUGUUUCGUUGCAAAACCAAGGGAACAACUUGACUGGCUCCUUUUAACUGGAUGAAAUUCCAUGAAGAAAAUCCUGAUUCCAAGAUGUCCUGAGAUCUUGUGAUUUCAUGAGGAUUAUUGAACUGUUACUUUAAAAACAAAACAAAAUAUGAACAACUGUGAUUGAGUAAAUGGACAGAUUUUACUCUGACUGCAAAAGAGCACACCUAUGCUGCCUGUUGCAGUGAUUAGCCACCAUGAUUAACAUCUUCAUAUUUUAUAUUCCUAAUAACAGUGAUGACUGAGAAUCUAUUUGAGUUUCCAGCUGACAGAAUUAAUUGUUGCUAUUUUCCUAGGCACUAUUUCUUUAAAAGUUCAGUUUAAAUUCAAAAGCUGGACUGCUCAGUUAUUAUUGCUAUUAGGAAAUAAUUCAUAUUGUCAUGUUUACUUUUGUUCUUCACUAUUUUCUUUCCUGCGUUGGUCUAGUCAAGUAAGGCUUUUGAAAAAGGAAAGUUCAAAUAAUAACUAAGGCUGUGAUUUUUCAAUAUAAAAAGCACAGCUGUUGGCCAAAGAGAGGGAAUAUUUUUUUCAGUUUUUAUGGAGAAACUGAAGGGGUAACAUUCUGACAAGUAAGCUGUAUUAAGAGCUCUACACAGAUAAGAGGCCUCUUUGUUUAUCACAAAGGCAGACAACACACAAACUGGGAACAGCUGGAAUGCUAUGUUUUUAUUUUUCAGAGUUGUUGGUUCUCUGUAUCUCUGUUAAGGGGUUUAGCCAUAACUGUGCAUAGAAAAAUAGUUAUCUUGCUCUAUAAAAAAUGAAGGGGAUAAUAUGUGGUAAAUUAUGUUCUGAUAUUCUCCUACAAUAGUUUAAACUGACAGUAAUUUGAGUCUGUUUUAUUCUUAACCCAAUCUUGGGCCAGCGUUCCCUUUUUAUAUUCAUCUAUAUUCUUCUUCCCCUCCUUUUCACUUUAUUUUAGACAAUUAGUAAUAUACUACUAGCUUUGUGACCCUGUAGCAACUUAAAGAAAAAGGCCACUUUGAUCUGGGGUGGUAACCCAGCAACUCCUGCAGCACAGGUGGGGACGGAGCGGGGAGGGAGUGCCCUUUCAGGAAUGAGGGGAGCUGAUUCCUGAGAAACAAGAAGCAAUGCAUUUUUUUCCACGAACGGUGCUGUUCUGAAGUCUUCAAAUUUUUCCCUCUAAUAAGAAACAGUGUAAAUUUUAAGUUAAAAAAAAAAAUUCAAAGUAAAAUUUCUUGAAACAGCACUUCUCCCUGAGCUGCAGUGAGUGUAAUUCACUUGUCACCUCAGUGCUUUACAGUUUGAAGUGGUCACUUAUCUGAUGGUUCCCACAAGCCUUAGGCUUUACAGGGUCAUAUCAUUGACUUAAAAUGAAGAGUUAACUUGUGUUACAUCUAUAGAGAGCAAAAUAACACACUCCAGAACUUGCAGUUGUAGCAUUAGUUACAAAGUUUUGGGUGUUCUUGCCACCCAUGGGAUGCCUGCUUCUCACUACAACCUGUUGUCUGGACACAUGCUUAUGUCUUGUUUUCCUUUUGGCAUGUAGAAAGCUGUCAAUACAGUUUAAGGCCAAAUUGUGUGUGGCUUCUAUAUGUAGAUAAGAAGUUUUGGUAUUCUUGUCCAUUUCAUUUAUUUUGUAAGUGUACAAAAAAUAGCCUGUUAAUUGUUUGUUGAAGGCUACUUUUCUGUUUGUUUUUUUAUUUUUAUUUUUCUAUCCUAUAUAUUUAGUUGAACUUUGUGGAAUUGUGGUAUUGGUUUUGUUUAUACAGCCAGAUUUUUCCCCCUUUUUUGUGAUGGUCUUCCUUGGUUCUUUGAAUGUGUUCUCCUUUUAAUUUGUUUUUUCUCUUUGUUCUCAUCUAUUCUUCCCUCCACUCCCAGCCCUUUCUUUCUCUCUCUGAUUGAGAGGCAUUGAAUUACGUUUUCAGUAGUACAGGCUUCUUGCCGAUAUGAAGGGAACUUUUCAGAAAGAGACC